AUGCAAGGUUGCUCGAUAUAUUAUCUCAAAAUAAGCAUUGGGCCUGUGAUGGCACCUUCAAAUCCGCCCCAAGGCCAUUUGCGCAAUGUUUUUGUAUUGGUGCUUUUGUACGAGGUCGCAUUGUUGUUUGUGUCCAAGCCCUUCUUCCAACAAAAAAGACAAUUCAUUAUCAGGAAGUAUUGAGAGAAGUAAGGCGUGCUAUUAAUCCAAAUGAACCAAAAAGAGGUUUCUAGCUUAUAAUUUUUAAAUAGGUUUU